GAGCGCAGCCGCCGCCGCCGCCGCUCCUGCGCCGCCGCCGCUGCCCGAGCCUUCGCCUCCCGAUGAACCGCGAUGGGGGAAUGGACCAUCCUAGAGAGACUCCUCGAAGCCGCCGUCCAGCAGCACUCCACUAUGAUAGGGAGGAUUCUGCUGACCGUGGUGGUGAUCUUCAGGAUUCUUAUUGUGGCCAUUGUAGGAGAAACUGUGUACGACGAUGAGCAGACUAUGUUUGUGUGCAACACCUUGCAGCCAGGCUGCAACCAGGCAUGUUAUGACCAAGCAUUUCCCAUUUCUCACAUCCGAUACUGGGUAUUUCAGAUCAUCAUGGUGUGCACUCCUAGCCUCUGCUUUAUAACAUAUUCUGUUCACCAAUCUGCCAAGCAGAGGGAAAGGAGGUACUCCACUGUCUUCCUCACUUUGGACAGGGAUCAGGACUCCAUGAAGAGGGAUGACAGCAAGAAGAUCAAGAAUACCAUUGUCAAUGGGGUGCUGCAGAACACAGAGAACUCCACCAAGGAGGCAGAACCUGACUGCUUGGAAGUAAAGGAAAUUCCCAACCCAGCUAUUAGAACCACCAAGUCAAAGAUGAGGCGGCAAGAAGGCAUCUCUAGGUUUUAUAUCAUUCAGGUGGUCUUCAGAAAUGCCCUGGAGAUUGGGUUUCUAGUGGGACAGUAUUUCCUGUAUGGAUUCAAUGUCCCAUCCAUGUACGAAUGUGACAGGUAUCCUUGCAUUAAGGAAGUGGAGUGUUACGUCUCCAGGCCCACUGAGAAGACAGUCUUCUUGGUCUUCAUGUUUGCCGUGAGUGGCAUUUGUGUGGUGCUCAACUUGGCCGAACUGAACCACUUGGGCUGGAGAAAGAUCAAAAUGGCAGUGAGGGGAGUGCAAGCGAAACGGAAAUCCAUUUAUGAAAUCAGAAACAAAGACCUGCCACGUAUGAGUGUGCCUAACUUUGGCAGGACUCAGUCCAGUGACUCUGCUUACGUGUGAGGCUGUGGCAGAACCAGAAGACUUUGCUGGGGAUCACUGACCUACCGCGCAUUAGUGUUAGGGAAAGGACAUUGCUGAAGCAAUCAUUUCCUCAAACCACCAAGAAAGCCGUUAAGGUACUUGAUCUGCACUUUCUAAACCAGAUACAAAACUGUGUGCUAAAUAAAAGACUGAUGAAGAGAACAGCUAUACAACAACUUCAAUCUGGCCUUACAGCUCAGUUAUUUCCUCCCCCGAGUGGUCCAUUGCUAUUUGUUGACUGGAGCAUCUUUUCAACCGUCACGAGGACAAGAAAAUUUUCCUAACUGAUGGGAAAUGUGUCUAGAAUGUUAUCUUGAAAAACGGCAAGGGAGCCAUUUCUUGAGGGAGGGUUUGGGGAGGGGGUCAUAGCAAUAUUCAUUUGCAAGCAUGUCUAUAAAAGCCGAGGGAGAGAUUUGCACUGUCCAGGCAUCUGACCGUAAAGCCUGUUAGUACAUCCAUGAGCUUCAUCUGAUGGAUGCCUGACUUUACAUGGUCAGCAUCACACAGUUGAUUACUGUGUAUGGUUAGCAUUUUUCUAUCCUUGUUUUUGUACAAAAAUCAACUACACAAGAAAUGGUAGUGCUGAAAAUACUUUUGCCAUUUAUUUAUUUUUUGUUUGCCUGCCUACUUACACCAGAGACCUUAAUCAUUAUUAUGCUAGUUGUGAUCUACCAAAUUCAUAAACAAAUAAAUAAACCACAGCUCCCUGCUAUAUGCAUACAAAUGAUUGAUCUAAAGUUCAGCCAAGUUAUGUAUUUACCGACAGGUUUUUUGGUUUUUUUUGGACACAUAUACCAAAGGAGUAGAAUUUAUCGCUAUUAACUGUGAAUAUAUGUCACCGCCUCUUUGCUCUUAUUUAUAUAAGUGCCAUACUUGAAGUUAAAGAAUUUAACUGUAUUUAGUCAAAGGCUUGGCAAGGGAUCCCAACUUGAAACCACAGGGUUUUAUAUCUACUUUUUAUUUUAAUCAAGCUUUCCCUUUCCUCUUUCCUUUAGUUACUGCAAUGGUGUAAAAAAGCAGCUGAUAACUAUAUUGAUAAUAAAAUAAUUGCCUUUUUGUAAAAUAGAAAGUUAACUUUCUUUUAUAUAUAUACAUACUAUAUAUAAAUAUAUAUUACUAGCAUUGCAUUGUUAUAUGAAGAUGAAAUUUAUAUGGAUAUCUAUCUAGAACAUAGGGAUUAUUAUAUUACAGCCUCUUUUAUAUUCAUGGCCUGGAUAAUAUCCAAAACAUUUGGAUAUGAAACAUUUAUAUGAUUUUGGGUUGUUGUUUUUUACAAUGACAUGGUGCUAUAGUAGGGCAAUGAAUUUGGAUAAGUAGGAGAUGCAGCAUGAUCCAGAAAAUGCAGGUUUUACUAUUUGUGUGUAUAUGCAUGUGUGUGUGAAUAUUAUAUAUAAUCUCUCUCUCUUUACCCUUAACUUCCUUAUCAUUUUUCAUAAUGUGAGCCCUUCAGGGACAGAGAAGUAUGCUUUUCAAGUAUAUAAUUUCAACUACCUGGACGUUGACAGUGUUGUCUGCGUGCACACACACACACACACACAGUCACACACACACACAAAAAAUUGGUUAAAGCAUUCAAGUACAUAAACACAUAGGAAUUUGUUUUGGGAACCCAAAAUGUCACUGAAACCAACUUUAAGUAGCCUGGAAAAUUUAGAUUACAGAAAUCGUAAUAUUUCAAAGUAUUGAUUGCAUUAUGUUAAAUCCCCUGUAUGUGAAUGGGAUCCCCUCCCCUGCUUUCACCAGGACUUUAUAGGUCACGGAGGCCAUCCCAUAAACAAUCUAAUUGGAUAAAUUGGCACUUAUUCAAGGCUCAGACCAUUUUCACUGGGUUGUCUGUAUGAUCAAAUGCAUGGUGCAUUGCAGUAACUGUGCAUUUCAUCUUGAUCUGAGAUCCAAUUCACAAAUUGCCUGGAAGUUGGGAAAGGAGAAGGAGUGCCUCACACUUCUUGCCCCCCCCCCCGCUUCUACUGUAAUGUGUGAAGCAGGUGCACAUGAUUCCCAACCUUUCAUACGAACUAACCCUGACACACCAGGCUUUCCAUGACAGAACACUUUUGAAAUGCGAGUGAAAUUGGUUUUAAUCCACGUCUAGCUUUCUUUUAUAUCCUCAUUAGUCUGUCAUCCUAAAAUCAAGCCCAGGCCAGUCCAUAUCAAGGAAUCUCCUCCUCUGGAUUGGGGUGGGAGUAAAAUCAGAUUUGAAUAUGGAUAUGUCAUCUGCUUUCAAUAGAAUGUACAUGCGGCCAUUUCCAUCCGCGUUUUGGUGCAACUAGCCAUGUGUAACUAACUACACAGGGCUAUUGUUUAUUUAUUUAUACACUGUCUUUCCUUAAAUGUUCAAGGCAACUUGAGCUGCAUUGGGAAGCACAAAGGACAGGGAUAACCAGUGGACUAGAUUGGUCUUAAAAGCUCAGUGCACACUGAGCUUUGAACCAAGGUAAUCCCUAACUAACGGAUAGGAAACUGCUAAGACUGAACACAUUUUAUUGUUAUUGAUGAAAACAAGGCUGUUUCCAUUUUAGAAUGGUCUUCAUUGUUUGCUUCACAUGGACAUAUGCUUGCCUGUUGAAACAGACAAGCUUCGGCAGUAAGCUUGCAUUUAUCUCAAUGUACAUUUCUUUGUAGACUUCUGAAACAAAACCCCAUUGACCACUGU